AGUGCUCUGGCCUAAUGUCAAUUCUAGCCCUGUGUGAUCGAGCCUGAACAGGGUCAGUAUCAUCCCUUGCUUUGAGUGAGGUGGUACUAAAAAAAAAAGUUGCUCAAAAGUGCGAAACGUUGAAUUCAACGUUUCGCAAACGCAAUGUACGUGAAAAUAAAAUUCGAAAACGAAAAGACUGGGAAGAAUGAUCAUAUAUGCGAGCUGCCGGAUUCGGCCAUAGUGCUAGAUUUAAAAACGGAAUUGCAGCGGGUUUUGAAUAUUGUCCCAGAUCAGCAGGAAAUAAAAUUUGCAUGGCGUGAGCUACGCAACGCUGAAAUUAUUAAAAGGAGUCUCAGACAGUUGAAGCCAAAUGAGGAUAUUGCUAAUUCUGAUUUAUCUAUUACGUUCCUGAAACAAGGUGAGUUCUUUGGGUUUAUACAAUUCUUCAGCAGGAAAGAUGGCGAGAAGCUGUCCACCUCGGCUCGACUUGUGCCGAAAUCCACAACAGGAGUGGAUUUGAAACGUCACUAUGAAGGCGAUGAGAAUGUCGUCCCGGCCAAGCGGCCCCGGUUGACACUUUCUGGAGAACAUACUUCAGAUUUUUCAUAUUUUAGAAACGAAAAUAAAAUGAUAAAAAUAAGCUCCAAAAAAAUUAAUAUGGCGAAAAAAUGUAAGGUAGAGCCAUCUUGCUCGUAUGAAUCACAAGAUGAUAAUGAUAACGAUGAUGAUAAUGAUGAUGAUAAUGAGGAAGAUAAUGAUGAAGAUGAUGAUGAUGAAGAUGAUGAUGAAGAUGAUGAUAACGAUGAUUAUAACGAUGAGGAUGAUGAGUCAGCAGUCCAGUGUACAGAUGUGCGCAAGGACUGCUGUUAUUCGAAAAAGUGCGGCAAACCUGAUAUGCGUCCUCCCUACGCUGUUACCCUACCUGAAAAUCGACGAUAUGGCUUGGUUAUAAGCCAUAGCGACCCCUCAGCCGAAGAAGUUGAUAUGGCUGCAAUUAUGGGGCAUCUUUUUGUAUUAUUUGAAGAAUGUGUUGCAGCAGAUUUGAAAUUUUCAGAUUGCACCCCUAUGGCAACAUUCUGUUCAAAUUUGUUGAUUGUUUGUGAUGAUGACGAUACUGUUGCUUGGAUGAUUGAAGCAAUAAGCGGCGUAUGCCCGCCACAUUGCAGCUUACCGUUCAUCAAGUUCUUUGGAUUAGUGAAGGCUUCUUUCGUCCUUCCGCUGAUCGUUCCGGACAAGUUGCUCUGUGCCAUUUUCGAACAACUGGAGCUACAAAACUGUGGAAUCGAGACACAUAAAUGGAGCGUGGUUGGAAGAUAUCCCUUGGACCCUUGCGCCGACGACUUUGAGGAUAAAGUGGUGUCUCAUCUUUGCGACAACGACGAAAUUCUUCUCUAUAUUGACGUAGAGAGUCGGGAUUACAUUAUAGAACACUGCAGUAAACUAAAGUAUUGCUUCUGGCGAUUGACAUUUGAAUUUGAUUGUUCCUAAAAUAUUUUUUAAACAUUUUCAAAAUUUUCACGCCUAAUUUUGGCCAUUUAAUCAAAUAAGCUAAAUUAGUAAUCCAGAAUUUUCGAAACUGAAACCUUCAAAUUCAAAUACAAUCGUCGGCAACACUUUCCACAAUCAUUCUUCAUUCUAUUCGUAAAUUUUUGUACUGUUUUUUGGCCAGUUUUGAAAUUUUGUAAUUUAAAAUUUAUAUCUGCAAAAUUGUUAUCCAGAAUUUUUGAAACAGACACCUUUUACAUAGUUACAUAGAUACAUUACAUACAUCGAAAAAGAAGUAAUGAAGACACGUGAAUACACCAAGACACGCAGAAGUGGAGGAAAACGGAAGCUGCAUCUUUUAAAUUAAGUCUGUUAUUGUAUAGAAUAUUUUGGAAUUUCAUUUUUGUAAAUUUUGGUUAAUAAACUAGAAUGUAAAACUUA